UUUUCCUUUUUUUUUUUUUCUUUCUUUCUUCUUAUGUAGACAAUGACUAAAGUUCAACCUGACCAAGAAGAAGAUACAACUCGACGACCUUCACUUCGCUGGAAAGAACGGUUUUCACGUACAACACGAUUAUCCACCAUUGACUCACAUGUAUCAACCAAAACCAAUAGUGAUAAUACUUUUGACAACAAUUCCAUUCAUUCUCAAUCUUCAAUAGAAAAACAUGUUGAUAAUGUACGUAUUACAAAGUCUGCCUUGUCACGAAAUAAAGACUUUCAUGAAACUUUUAAACAAGUACCUUUAGAAGAACCCUUAUUACAAGACUUCAAAUGUGCUUUACAAAAAGAUAUUAUCAUACAAGGAAGAUUGUUUAUCACCAAAAACUUUGUUUGUUUCAAAUCUACUAGUCUUGCCCAUGAUACUUCGCUGGAAUUCAAGGUACAUGAUAUUAAACAAAUUGACCGAAUACGAAUGAAACGAUGGAUGCCAAGAGUCAUACAAGUAACCAUGAACAAUGAUGAUGAAAAACAUAUUUUUACUUCCUUCUUAACUUCAUUAUCUUCAAGAGAUGAUGCUUAUUAUCGAUUACUUGGUGUUUGGGAACAAAUAUAUCCGCCGAUGGUGGCAUCAUCAUCAUCCUCAACAACAUCAACAACAACCAAUUCUGCAAAUACAAGUACAGUAUUAUCUACAACAAAUAAUACCUCAAAUAAUUCUGCACUUCCUACUACUUCUACUACAACAAAUAAUUCGACAGUGGAAUCAACCUCACAAACUAUUCAAGAAGAACAUCAUUUAUCAACCUCCAUGAACAAUGAACAACCUGCACCAUCCACAUCUCACUUUAGGAUCUUUCAUCGAAAACGUGCUCAAACAGUAUCUGCUCAACAAACGUCUACAAAUAGACCAAGAUCAGGUACAUCCAAUAGUACCCCUUUAGAAAAAACCAAUCAUAAUCAUGUUACUUGGAAUGACAAUCAAUCAAACCAACAACAACAGAGUGAAUCAUCCAUUACGCCAUCUAGUAUCAUAAAACCAAUUGAAUCACCAGUAAAACCAACUUCAUUAUCAUCAUCGUCACCAUCAUCAUCAUCAUCAGCAGCAGCAAUAGCAACAGCGUCAUCAUCAUCAUCAUCAUCAUCAAAGAAAUCACUGAUGCCAACUCCACCAUCAAUACUACAUGAUCCUUCACCUACUCGUACCAACUCUAGACUUUUUAUUACUGGAGGAUUACUCGUAUUUUUAUCCUAUGUCUAUUUGACAUACAAGUUUUAUCAAGUGACAUUACUCUUCAAUGAUCAAUACCAACAACUUCAUUCACAUUCGACUCCUUCUUCUCAUCCAAUACUACGCCAUCUUCCUUCUCAUCAAUUUCAAGACACAACUUGGAUUUCAGGGCAUCUACAAGAGAUGAAAAACCAGGCUCAAUUAUGGGAACAAGAAACUCUGCGACAAAGAAAGCGACUUUUAAGUUUGAUACCUUCGUAGAAUUAUCAUCAUCAUGAUUUCUAGUAUAGAUUAUUCCUCUUUCCUUUCCUACCUUACUAUUAUUAAUUACUAUUUAGUAUGAUUGCAUUGUUUUUAGUUUAUACUGUGUAUAUGUCACUCUUUCUUUUCUCAAC